GCGAGCAGAUGGAGGAGUCCUAAUGAGCUGGCUCGCGGAGAGAAAGAGGAGGGUUGACAUCUCGGCUGGACCGUAAACGUGAAAUACCUCGAAGCCCGGUCUCCGCCGCCUCACUACAGACAGUAAACCGUGGCCGCGGGAGACGGCCGUCUGGGUUCCCUUCUCUCCCCCUCCGCCUUCACCUCCUCUUCCUCGCCGCUUCUUCCUCCUCUUCACUGACUUUUAUGUUUUUUGACUGCAUGUUCAGCCACACUGCCUCCCUCUGCAUCUUCACUUCGGCCCCGCCGCAGCCCGGGCGAGCAUGGACAGUCGGGUACUCGAGCAUCCUCACGCCCAGUUCGGAGGCUCCUUGGGCGGGCUGGUGGGCUUCCCGUACGCGCUCGGUCCCCAUCACCACCACCACCACCAUCACCAGCACGUCUACGAGCUCGCCAGCGCGCACCAGCUGCAGUCCGCGGCCGCCGUCCCCUUCUCUAUAGACGGAUUACUUAACGGCUCCUGCUCGGCCUCGGUGGUCAGCUCCAACCCGCUCCUGUCGUCCGACAGCCAGCAGUUCAAACUCUCAGAUUCUGGGGACCCGGAUAAGGACAGUCCCGGUUGUAAACGAAGACGCACGAGGACAAAUUUCACCGGGUGGCAGCUGGAGGAGCUCGAGAAGGCUUUCAACGAGAGUCACUAUCCGGAUGUGUUCAUGCGGGAGGCGCUCGCGCUCAGGCUUGACCUCGUGGAGUCCAGAGUUCAGGUUUGGUUCCAAAACCGACGUGCUAAAUGGAGAAAAAAGGAGAACACAAAGAAAGGGCCGGGGCGGCCUGCUCACAACUCCCACCCCACCACGUGCAGCGGCGAGCCCAUGGACCCCGAGGAGAUCGCACGCAGGGAGCAAGUGCGGGCCGAGAAGAAGAAACGGAAACAGGAGAGGAAGCUGCUGAAGUCGCAGAACAAACUUCUCCAAGGCGACAGCUUCCACACACCUGGAGGGUCAGAGAGUGACAGCGGGGUCUCCCAGUUCACCGACAGUGAGCAGCAGCCUUCCAGCGUCAGUGAGACUAUUCAUAUCAAACUGCCAGCAUCAAAGGGCGCAGGAGGACACCAAACUGAAUCCAGCUGUGACCAAACGCGACACGACUUCAGCCAACUACAAAACCACCAAAACCAAAGAACGGCAGGAGAACCGGAGCAGGUUUCUCCAGGCAGCACGCACAGCUCCAGUCCUGGAGGCCCGAGGUCUUCUGCCCUGCAGAAACGCAACCCUUUCAGCGUGGAGAGCCUCCUCUCUGACGCCACACCUCGAAGGAAAUCUCAGCUGGACUUCCCCUCGUUGCCCAAUCAGAGGACACUGGUGGGUAAAGGUCACUUCUUGCUUUACCCCAUUACUCAUCAGCCCUUGGGCUUUCUCGUGCCCCAAACAGCCCUGAAGGCCACACCAUGUCAGGACAACAUUAACAGGUUCGGCCUGGGACAAAGCCUGGGACAGAGGUGUGUGCCGAGUGAAGGUAGCCCCGCGCCCUCUGACCUCUGCAGCGUUGGCAGUGUCACUAAGCCUAUAAACUCGGAUCAUAUGGAGCAUAAUACGCAGCACCACCACAAUCACAUUAGCAAUAGAGUGGACGGAGGAGCAGACGCGGAGGAGUGUGGUGGUGACUGCAGUAGUGGAAGAUUCCCUGUUUCUCCUCCGCUGAACAGUGCGGCUCAGACAGCUCUGGCCAGACUGAGCUCCUCGCAGUCCAGCGACAGCAGCGAGGUGAGGAGUUUGAAAGUUCAAACGGAGGCAGCGACCAACGGCUGCCAAGCCGCCGAGCUGUGUGCAAAAGAGGAGCGAGCAUCUCCAGACCUCUCCGAGUGUCUCAAAGCAAACACAGACUGUCAAGAAACACCCGGAACAGAUGGAGAGGAUGUCGAUAUGGACUAACACUUGCAAGGAGCAAACAUAAACAAAGGACCAGGAACACCGUUCAGACUAUUCAAACAUUCCCAAAGCUCUGCUGAGACACUCUAAAACAUAUCAGGAAUCAGGAGACUUAAUCUCAUCUACUUUUUUAAUCAUAAUGUGUGAUCAGUCCAGAUGGCCCUGAAAGCUGUGGCUGUCCUCAUAUCCAGGCUUUAGGCCUACACCUUUAGAAGCAGGUUCCUUCUCCCUUUUUUUGGUGACCAACUUGUAACAAAAACUAGGCGAAAUAAAUAAACAUCUUACACACAACAAAAAUCCUCAGAUAUUGUAAAAACGAGAAAAUGAUAUUUAUAUGUAAACAUUUUGAUAAAUAAAGUUAUUGUUUAAAUUGAA